CCUCAUCUUCAUCAGCUCGUCCGCACCAUGGCCUCCCAAUCAGCCCGCGCAAGCCCGGUGGCAUCGACUUCGACACCUCCAGCCGACCCUCCAGCACGCGCACAGCUCCUCGCGACCUCGCCUGACUCGACGCUCGCCUCCUCCCUCGAGACCGCCUCGUCCCUUCUGCACGCCCACCUCCCCGUCGCCUUCCCCUCCGAGACCGUCUAUGGCCUCGGCGCAUCCGCCCUGUCGUCGACCGCCGUCAAGCGCAUCUUUGCCGCAAAGGGCCGGCCGAGCGACAACCCGCUCAUCGUCCACGUCUCGAGCCGCGACAUGCUCCUCGACCUCCUGCCCUCGACCUCGCCCGACGCCGCAACAGGCGCAGACGCACAACCGCAAGAGCAGGAGCAGGCGCGGGUCCCGGCCGCCGUCCCGCGCAUGUACGACGCCCUCAUGAAGCGGUUCUGGCCCGGCCCGCUCAGCCUCGUGUUCCCGCUCGUCGCGCGCGACGCCAAGGGCAAAGGGCGCGCCGUCGACCCGCCUCGACUCGCCGUCGCCCCCGAGGUGACGGCAGGGCACGACUCGCUGUGCGUCCGCAUGCCGUCGCACCCGCUCGCGCUCGCCCUCAUCCGCCAGGCCAACCUGCCGCUCGCGGCACCGAGCGCCAACCUGUCGAGCCGGCCAAGCCCGACAACGGCCAAGCACGUCGUCGCCGACCUCGGCGAGGGCCGCGGUGUCGGCGCUGUGCUCGACGGCGGCGAGUGCGAGGUCGGCGUCGAGAGCACCGUCGUCGACUGGGUCCAGCCCGCCGAGGGCGGCGAGGGCGAGCUGCGCAUCCUGCGCGCGGGCGGCGUCUCGGCCGAGGACAUCGAGGCGUGCCUCGCCGACGCGGGCUUUCUCGCCGCACGGGCCCAGGGCGACUCGGGCCGGAUCCAGGUCUACUCGCGCGACUUUCGGAGCCAGGACCUCGAGGACAAGCCGACGACGCCCGGCAUGAAGUACAAGCACUACGCGCCGGGCAACGCCAAGGUCAUCCUCGUCAAGCCCGUCUCGAGCGCCGACGCGGGCGACUUCCCGCUCCCGAGCCUCCAGGACCUGAUCCAGCUCACGGCGCUCACGCACACGCCCGUCGCCGCACCGCCCGCCGACGACACCACGGCGUCGAACAUGUCGACGGCCGACGAGCCGACCGCGCCCAGGUUCCGCGUCGGGCUCAUGCUCAACGACUCGACCCUCGCCGCCCUGUCCGCCUCGACUCUGUCAACCGUGACGCCGUCGUGCGCCCUGAUCCGCCUCCCGCCCGCGCCCGAGUCGCCGUUCGCCAACCUCGCCGUCGGUGAGGAGUCGAACCUGCCCGACCUCGACGAGGUCGACGUCCUGAGCUUCUCGCUCGGCGACCGCGAGCGGCCGAUCGAGGCGGCCCAGCGGCUCUUUGCCGGGCUGCGGUUCCUCGACGCGCUGCCGGAGGACCUCGGUGCGGUGAGCGAGGAGCGCGUCGAGGGACAGCAGGAGGAGGAGGGCAAGGGCGUCGACCUGAUCUUUGUCGAGGCGGUGCGCGAGGAGGGGGUCGGGCUCGCCGUCAUGGAGCGCGCGAGGAAGGCGGCGGGCGGUGCGGGCGAGAUGGAGUUUGCGCUGUAGACAUGGACGCUGCGUCUAGACUGGAAACGCGAGCGCGA